AUGCCGAUCGGUAAAAUCGAACCUUUCGAUCUAACAUCUAAACAAUGGCCGGCUUAUGUAAGACGUGUUGAUCAAUUCAUUCUGUUUAACGAAAUCAAACCGGAAUUAAAAGUGUCGAUAUUAAUAACGGUAGUAGGCGAGGCGACAUAUAGCUUAAUGUGUGAUUUGUGUACGCCGGCCAACCCGGAAGAUAAGACCUAUACAGAACUCGUGGAGCUGGUCAAAGUUCAUCUCGAGCCGCAACGGUCAGAAUUAGCCGAAAGACAUAUCUUUCGUCAGAGGAGACAGCGAGUAGGGGAAUCUCUGACCGAGUACCUCCAGGCACUCCAACAUCUCGCCGUCAUUUGUAACUUCGGCAACCGACUCGAGGAGGACCUCAGAGACCAGUUCGUGUCGGGUCUAGCGAGCGAGCUACUGAGAUCUCGGAUUUUUGCCGAGAGAACGAUAGAUUAUAAGAAAGCGGUGGAGCUAUCUCUGGCUCUGGAAGCGGCAGACCGCCACGCCGAGACGAGCGGCGUGGACGGACAGCACGCGGCCGGGAGCACGGGCGGAGGAGCGGCCGGCGAGGGGCUGCCGCUACGCUAA